AUGUCGAAUGCUGUUCUCAGUGCAACAAAUCCAAGUCAGUUUGAAAUAGAGUUCUUCGUCAAUGACCUUAGCAAGAGAGGAGCAGGUACAUUUGAAAGUGUUGGCUGUCUGCAGUAUAAUCAACAUGGAAAAAUACACAUGGACUUUGAAAAAAAGGUUCCGACUGAUGGAUUACUGCUUCGAGGGAAUUAUAAUACAAUCACUUUAGCUGUAUAUGGCCAUUUAACCAAAGUUCAGAGGGAGCCAACUCCACCGAAAUCAACGAAACGUGGAGAGGUUGUGCCUCACCCACCUCCAGAAAAAGUCAACACGCAUGAUCGCAUUAGAGAUUGGCUGGAAGAUACGCAAGAAUGUCGCAAGCAGCAGCCAUUUUCCCAUGAUCCUUCAGAGGAUGUCCAGCCAGAGUGGGACACAAAGCCUCCAAGAUCUCCUCAGGAAUAUGAAGAACCCAAACAAUGGGAGGAAGAGCAACCAGAACACACCCGGGAGUAUGAGCGGGAACGAGAAAGGGAGAGGGAGAGGGAUCAAAGGAAUUAUAGAGUUGAAAACAGAGACAGGGAAAGAGAUCGGGAAAGAGACAGAGAUAGAGAGAGAAGGCGUUCUGUUGAAAGGUCCUGGAGUAGAGAAAAAUCUUGGGAAAGAAGUGAACGCAGUGGUUCCCGAAGAGACUCGAGACGAGACAGUGCCCGGGAAGGAGAACGAGAAAGGGACAGAGAUCGUGAGCGUGAAAAGGAAUUUGAAAGAGAUCGUGAUAGAGAAAGGGAAUAUGAUAGGGAAAGGGAUCAUGAAAGAGAUAGAGAAAAAGAUAGAGAUAGAGAAAAGGACAGGGAUAAAGAGAGAGAAAAAGAAAGGGAGAGGGUUAGAAAUAGAGGUAGAGAAAGGGAUAGAGAUCGAGAACGUGAGCGACGUCAAAGCCGAGAGAGCAGAGAACACUUUGAAGAAGAGAGAGUACCUACCCAAGAACUUCCACCCCCUAGAGGAAGGCACAAUAUUGAUGAUGAUGAAGAUCUCCCUGAUUUACCACCAGAAACUGGUGAGGUCGAAGAAGAAUACCCACCUGAAGACUGUAUUGAUGAAAUGGUAAUGGAUGAAAAUCAACCAGAUGAAGGUGAGGAUGUAGAGGGCUUUGGCUAUGAAGAGAUUAUUAGUGACGAAGAAGAUCUUCCUGAAUAUCAGUAUGAAGAGGAGUGGCUGGUAGAUGAGUGGGAAGACUGGCUGAAACCUUUCAGUCCAAAUCAAUUUCAGAUGCUUGAAUUACAAUAUCUCGUCAGUCCAACACUGACUGACUACCAAGCUGAGUAUCAAAGAUGGAAGGCAAGAUUUGAAAUGGAAGACCAUGAGGUGGAAGAGGAACCCCAUCAGGCAGCUAAGCUUGAAAAUCUUCUUGCUGAGACCAUCAUCCCUGUGGUAGCUGCUGAGGAGAACAUAGUGGAGACAGAAGCAGGAGAAGCCAGGGAAGAAGAGGGGGAGAAGUGGGUACAGGCUAUGGAACAUGUCUGUCAGCUCCUUCCCAAAGGACUCCCUUUUUUAGUGGCUAAAAAUGGAUCUGAUAUACUGAUUUUUUGUGUGACUGGGUUAUGUCGGGUGGACUUUGAGAGAGUUUUGGGUCAAGAAAACCAUAUCAAGAUUCGUCACAUGAAGGCAGGGGUUCGUCUUGCACAACUUAUGCUGCUGUGUUCCUGUGAUGUGACAAGACUCUUUCUGAAACAUAAUAUUAUGGAUAAGCUUUACGAUUUAUAUCAUAAACCUCACAUGGCACUCUCCAUCAAGCUUCUGAUUCUCAAAACUAUUGAUGCUAUCACUAGGACAUCAUUAGGACUUAAGUAUUUUCUAGGAGAAUCAGAAGAGUUACUUGGUGAUAAAAAAGAAAAGAAUGGGUAUGAGCGUGUUUUAGAGAUGCUGGCUGAUGUUCCACAAACACGAGCUAAGGUGGCCUUGUCUGGUAUAAUAAGAAAGGUACAUGUGCUGGAUGUGUGUCACCAGUAUGAGAACACCAAGGCUCUUAUCAGACACCUACCAUCCAUAGAAGAAGAUGCAAAAGGCAAAGAAGAGCAACUAAAUCCUGAUGAUGAUUCCAUGGAAGUUGAUGACGCAGAAAGCCGCAUUGAUUUACCCUCAAAUUGGAGUAGUAAUAUUCCUGAUGCUGUGGUACAAGCAAUUAAUUCUUGUGUGCGAGAAAUACUAAGAGUGUAUAGGUACGCCGACCAGCUACUUGCUCAACCACAUAGGUGGUUGCCAGGCUCCAAGCAGUUUCAGUUGCCCAAGAAUCCUCAUGAUCCUUACCCUCAACUGUAUUUGCUGUUUGAUCAUGGUGAUCUGCUACAGUCCUUGGGUGUCUUGCUUGGAGCUCUAGGUGCAGUGCAAAGUGGUGCUUUGAUUGCAGAUAUCAAAAGCUUUCUUGAGAGCAUGUUGUCAUGUGGUCAUGGUAUAAACUAUAUGGCUGCCCAUCCUGAGCCAUCUACUACCAUUGCCAGGAGCUUGGUACAGCUAGGAGAGGAUGGACGUGAAGAGGGAAAUGUUGAUACUUCUCUGAAUCAGCUGGGAAUGCAAAUGCUGCACACUUUUCAUGCUCUCCAACAGUUAGAUGCUCUAGCAUUGUUGGCUACUACCCAUAACACUGACUACUCUCAAGCAGUAGUUCAUUUUAAUACCUUAACUUCACUUCUUCUUACGUUGGCUGGCCGUCAGGCUAUUACAUCAUUGUUGAGUGUUGGGAAGAAUAUAGAAAUAUUGUUUCCAUACCUUAAACUUGGAGCAGGUGAUGAUCAGGAUAAUGCACCAACAAGACUUGCUUGUUAUGGAUAUGCUGUGGACCUUAUAACACUAACUGUGAAAUUCUCAGAAAAUGUGGAGAUGCUAGAGCAAUAUAGUGGGAAGUUGCUGGAAUUAAUAGAUUAUGAAGAAACAAGAGAGGGACCAAAGUUGGACGAACAUGCUAAACUUUGUGAGAUCAUUCCUUGGAUAUCAGUAGCAAGAUCCUCAGAAAAUUUCACUUAUGAUAAUUUAGCAAAUCUCUCAAGCAGUUUAAAAGAUCAGUUAGAGAAAAUUGAUAAAUUUUCUGGUGAAAUAGUUACACACUUGCGUAUUAUUCAGUAUUUAACUGUACCCAAGUAUUCUGUGUCUAACCUUGCACCUGAGGACCAUAAUGGUGAACUUAUAGAGGAAUUAAAGUACAAAUUUGCAACAGUUCAGCUAUUCUCUGCAGACUGUCACACACAUUUAACAAAUUUACUCACUAAGCUUUGUUCCAUGUACUCUCAGCCAUCUGUCCAUAGUUCAAACUUUACUUGUUCAGAAGGUGCUAUACUUCUAGCAGUAAUACAGCCUACAUUGAUUUUACUCAAGAACAUCCUUACCUAUGUUAUUCAGGCAAGAAAUACCAAUUUUAAGGACUUGUCUGCUAUUGUUCCUCUCGUGCAAACAUACCUCUUGCUUCAGUCUUUCCCUAUUGGAUCCCAGUAUUACAAUCAAGCCCAAGAACUGCAGCAAGAAGUUAUUAGCAUUUUGUUGGUGUAUACACAGCCAGUGUACUCAAAGGCAGAAGGAGAAGAAGUACUGGCCAAAAGUCUUUGGACAAAGAUGAUGGCUGAAGUCUUCAAGUACCUCUUAACUGGCCCUCAUACAUUUUUGGGAGUAAUCAGCUUAAUCAUAGAGUUACUGCCACUCCCCUUGCCUAUUCAGACCCGUACAGCACUGUCAGAUGAGGAGUCCUCUCAGAUUAUUAAUCUUCGUAAACUAUGGAGUGCUCAUCUUUACUGCCUUUCACCCAACAUCCAUGAGAUCAUCAUGCGUUUAGGGCUGACAAGUUUUCCACCUUUGAUGCAUCUCUUACGUCGAAUGUGUAUUGCUCUCUCUGACCUUGCUGCACCAAUGGCGCUUCUAGUGGGCCGUGCAAUUUUGGAUCUGGUUCUUCAGGCACAUCGAUUGGAUCAGCGGGCUUCUGGGGAAGACUUUGGACCUUGCUCUUUACAAACUGGCCGCGUUCUCAAUAUGCUGGCUCUGUUAGUGUCUCAUGCACCUACUAAAGCUGCUGUACUUCACCUUCUGAGGGGAGGCUCUCCCACUUUAGCUACAAAUGUAGCCAAAGGAGAAGACAAGUAUACUGGCUUGGUGGCCCUGUGGUGCCGUAUCCUAAAUGUUGCUGCCAGUGGGUCUCAUGCUCACAUGCAAGCUCAAGACUGCAUAAUUACAAUUAUUCAGUAUCUUUGUGAUCAUGAAAAUGCAAUGCAUGUUGCUCAGGAAUCUAACAUGCAAGGUGAUAUACAGAGUAUUACACCAACAGUUCUAACACUAAGUGGUGUACCAAACAAAGAUACUUUGAUUCCUAUUGUGGAUGCAUUGAUAGACCACCUUCGGAACCUGCACAGUUCACAUCAGUCAAUCCAGCAAGUACUCAGAGCUUUGAUGCACCUUAUGGAACAUGACUAUGGAUUCUACCACAUCAAAAGUGUAAUGGAGAAAAAAAAGGCUUGCCUCAUUAGCCUUUUCAAAAGGCUCACAUCAACAUUCAGAAAGGAAUCACAUGAAUACUUAACAUCACUCCAGGGAGCAUUAGAAUUUUGCGAGUUUCUUCUGAUAAAUGACGAUUGCUCAGUGUCACGAACAAUGAUUGUUUCUGCCUCAGAGUUGGCUAAUUACCUUGGGUGGAAGCCAGGAGGGUAUGAAAUGCAGUUCUCAAAAUACUCCCAGGAUAGAAAGGAUAUCAUUAAAAAAGAGGAAAAAGAAAAAGAGAAAGAAAAGGAAAAGAUCAUUAAAGAAGAACCAGCUGAACAACACAAAGGGGAUAAAAAGGUCUCUACAGAAAAAGAAAGUGAGAUGGAGGGUAAACAGGAGGGGGUCGAGGCUGCUGAAGAAAAGAAGGAAGAAGUUAAAAAUGAAGAGGUAAAAAAGGAGGAAGUAAAGAAGGAAGAAGUAAAAAAAGAAGAAAUAAAGAAGGAAGAAGUAAAGAAAGAAGAGGCAAAGAAGGAAAAAAGAGAAUAUAAGAAAGAAGCAAAGAAAGAUGAGGUUAAGAAGGAUGAGGUGAAGAAAGAUGACAUAAAGAAAGAUGAAGUAAAGAAGGAUGAAGUUAAAAAGGAAGAAGCAAAAAAGGAAGAAGCAAAAAAGGAAGAAGUAAAGAAGGAAGAAGUGAAAAGAGAAGAACCAAGAAAGGAAGAAGAGAUACAAGAGCGCAUUCAUCCAAUAAAACUGCUGGAGAAACAAGUUAUUGCAGAAGGUUGUGAAGAAGAAGUGAUGGAAAAUCUUUAUGAUGACAUAUCUCAAUUGAUUACGCUUCUAGAUCACGCUUGCCCAUCUGAAGUAAAAGAGUUGACUGAGCCUGUGGGUCCCGAGAUGGAAACGCUGCAAUCACUAUUUGCAUCAAGGAUUGUGUGGACUAUUGCUGUUGCAGAUGAAGAGAUUCCUUCCUUCUGGCUUGUACCACCUGUAUAUGAAGAUGCUGACCACUCAGAAAUGGUGCCAACAAAUUUACUUGAAACCUGCCGUCAGUAUGCAGGAGAAUAUGACCUGUUAGGAACAUUGCACAAACUGGUUAAGGGUCAGGGCUCACAAGCACUUACUCCACAGAAGCUAUGUAAAGGCUCCCCCAGGUACAAGCAUAGUGCAGGUGUUAUAAGACCAGACAAGAGAGGCAGACCUUUUGUUGCUCCUAUGCGGGGACGUUCAUUCAAUCGAGGGAUGAAUAUGAGGAGUGAUCCAUUUCGUUCUCGCCCUCCCAACACCUCUCGGCCCCCAUCGCUCCAUGUGGAUGAUUUUGUUGCUCUGGAAAGCACUGGCCAUCAGCCCACUGGACCCACAGGAUACAAUAAGAUAUCCUUUGGUCGGGGCAAGGUACAUUUUUUGCUGGACUCCAUGCGUGGCCGUGGCAACCGUGGAAGAGGUGACAGCAGAGGAAGUAGGUUCUUCCACAGGCCUCCAUUUCGACCAGAUUGUGGAGUUGUUCGUGGGAUGAACCCUAGAGGUAGAGGCAUGCCAUGGAUCUUCCGUGGUGAUGGUUCACCAAGAGGUUACCGUGGCGUUCCUUUAAAUCCAGGGACAAUGCGCUUCAUGCGAGGACGUGGGAUGUACAUAAGAGGCAAUGGAGUUGGAAAUGGCCCCAAAGACAGAUUUCCUUCAAAAUUUGUGGAACGUGGUGGUAGACGAGAAAUGAAUGGAGGGAGACACAUGAGAGGAGGGUUUAGGUGAAUUAGGA